AUGUCGGCGAUACGGAAAAUCAUGCAGCGUCAGUUGUUUCAAAUUGACGAUGAAAGGAUCCAGUCGAUCAUAAAUGUGAUAAAACUCGACGGAAAAAAGAAAAAACAUCAAACUUUCUUGUGUUUGGCAGGUAUUGAAUCAUUAUUCGUUUGGAUUUUGUAACUUAAUGAGAAAACUUACCAGUGACUAUUGAACAUCCCAUCGCGGUCCGGCUGUAUUUCGUGAAAGGCGAACGGGACGACACAUUCAAAAAGAAGGAGCGUUUUAAUUUACGCGAAGUGCGGGAAAUCGAUGGAAUAAAUCCCAAAAAGGUCGGUUCAACUUUUUUUCUGAAAAAUCAUGAUAUGAAUCGUAUUUUUUUACCUCUGAUUACAUUGAAAUUUUAUAGUUCAAUCUUGAAAAAUUGCUGAGGUGCUCUGAAAAAUGGAACCGGUCAAAUUUAUCGAAGAAAAAUAUUGCUAAGGCGUUUAAAAAUUUCGUUAAAAGUUUAUAAGUACAUUUUUAUCUGUUGGCUGUGAAACAUUAAUAUGAUCAAUCUUGUAUACACAGGCGAAGUCCAAGCGACCUCAAAAAAGCCUUUAAAAAGAGCCUGAAGCUCUUUUUAAGAUCCUAAAAAGGUGUCCAAAGUUUCUCGAAAUCUUUUUUUAUUCUUCUCUUUUCCGCCUUCUUCUUUUUUCACCUUCCUAAAAGGUUCUUUUCAAGAAAAUUUAAAAAAAAGGCGCUUUUGAGGUCUUCUUUUGAAAAAUCCUUUUUGAGACCUUUGGAUUUUGCCAUUGAAAUUCUCAUUCUAGCAGCCAUUCAUUCGAACAAAAAGCUGAAAUCGACAAUUUUGGGAAAUCGAUCUGUUUUUAGCCUACGACAGAACUUCACAUCACGAUAGGAGACCGACGUUUUGUGAUCAUCAGUGGCUCAACUGAAGAGAAAGAAGAAUUCAUUCGAGAGCUCUACAAGGUCAGUUUUGAAUUCGGAACUGACAUUUAUCAUGAUGCUUCUCCAGCUCUCAGCUCAGUAUUUGCCGGUUCAAAUGCCUGAUUUUUGCAACGUCUCUAUCCCAAUGAUGGAAAACGACGCGAUGAUAAUCCCUGUAGAACUUCCUCCCGACGCUGGAGAUGAUCAGAACGAUUAUCAAGUUAAUUUUUUUUGAGUGCUCAGUCCAAUCUUUAUAUUCUAGCCAAUCACAGCGCGGGAAGAGGCAGAUUUCCGGAAGCUGUUGGGAAAAGCAAAUCUAUCAAUGGGUCAAAUGAAUAUCUUUGCCGAGGUCUUUCGAUCAAGCCUUCAAAGCUCAAAAAUAUAUUCAGAUGCUCACGGAGCAGCUGCAAUCGCUCGACGGAGCAAAUAUCCAAUCAAUGAUGGCCAGUGAAAAUGCAGUAAACCAACUUGUUUCACUGAUUGGCUCGGCCAAUUCCAGUGGAAAACAGGUGGAAGAUGAGUUCGACACCUGUGACAAUAUUCUCGCGGUGAGGCUCUGAUUUCUAUUUUUUAAACGAUGGUCCUCUUUCAGUACGUGAGAAACAGCGUGGAGCUGAUCGAAGAAAAGGAUAGUUUAUCGGUUGUGGAACGUAGGAACAAGAGCAAGUUGUACGACGAAGUACAGUCUUUUGUCUCUGCUUUGCAAGCCGUUACCGACGACCAUUUGGAGACUUUGAAACAAGCCAACUUCAGCAAUCCUGAAAGGUAAUUCUGGGUUUUUUUUCCGGAAAUUUACGAAGACAAGCUAAGAGAACUUAAAAAGAUUUCCCAAAAUUAAGUUUAAAAGAAGCUCAGCAAAAUAUGUUCUUCACUGGCAUAAGUUUAGACAUUCACGUAAUAUUAAUUGUCUCAACUUAUCUGCGAGAACCAUUUUCCAGCUUGAGUCCUGGUGAAAGAAAACUUACUGCCUAAUUUCAAAUAUUUAGCGGUUUUUGGUAAUUUCAUGCUCGAUGCUUAUAUAGCCGAAAUUAUCUAUUUUCUCAACCUGAAAACAAAAAUCAAAAUUUAUACAAUUUCCUGUUUCACUCAGACUUUUUAAACUUUUUACCCGCAGUAAUCAAGACUUGUUUGCAGUUUUCCUGCUCAGUUUCGAUAUUUCUGGAAUUUUCAGCGUGCACAAGUGUACCGACGCCGCCCGAGCCGUUUCUCAGUUCUGGCAUGGCCGAAUUUCCAAACCGAUGCUUGCCAUGGAAGCCUAUCAAGAUCGAAACAAUCAACUUGGGGCGAUUGAUCUGUUCGUGGACAGAUUAAUGUCCCAUCUUUCCGCUCUUUUCGUCAAUCUGGUUGGUUCUCAAAUUUUCGAACUUCAGCUUAGAACAUAAAAUUUGAGAAUGACCUCUCUUUGGAUCAAGAAUGGCACGAUUUAUGCAUCCCAAAGCAGUCUCAACGUUUUCGGGCUCUUUCUCCUCUUUCGGAUCUCAUCAGCUGGUUGAAAGUCAAUAGGUAUUUUCAUUUCUGGGUAAUUUGAAAUGAUUUGCUUGGAAUUUCAGGCCCAAGCCAUAUUCGCUGACAAUGCAGCGUUAUACUGAGACGACUAACCAUCUUUACAAACGUCUAUUUGACAACUUUUUUGACAGUCUCAUUGCUAAAGUUAACAGAAUCAAUGUGGAUAAACCGGACAAGCGCUUGAGUGAGUUUCUGAUCUCCAAUUGAAAGUUACUGUGGUUCUCAGAUACUUCAUCGUUUUCAAACCGAUCGAUGGACAAUACUAGUUUUGGGAGCGAAGUUAGUGAUGGUCCGGACGCUCAGCUGCCUCAGGUUCCAGCUUUUCUUCCUUAUUCUCAAUAAACUUUCCGAUCACAGCUGAUCGAAACUGUUCUGGCUGAACUGAGCGCCGUGAUAGAUGCUGAACAAAAGUUUGUCGUCCGCUUUUUCCACAUCAAUUCUGAGUUGCUCGCUCAAUUCGAAACCACUUCCACUGGCAGUGGAGACAGUUCCAGUUUGGGUAUGCCCUCAAUCAAUUUAUUUUCUUCAUAAAUGAGUUUAGGCGGUCGAAGCAUGGAAAAGUUCAUGAACGAACAAGUGCGCAGCGUUAUGGGCGGUCUUUUUGAGUCUUUGAAUAUUCAUUUGGACAGCUUCUGUCGGGCUAUUUGUAAGCACAAACCUAGGUAAAUUUCCAAAUUAUUUUUCGGGUAAAUUUGAGAAGUCCUGGUCGCCCUUGAAAUGGCUACAGAAGUUGUUUCUUUUGAGCUGUGGACAUUCUAUCGGUGAUAAAUUCCUAGACCAUCAUAUUUUGUUUCCUUGGCCUCGAUUAAACCCAAAUUUGAACAUUUCUCUUUCCAGCAACGUACUUCUGCUUUUCGUGAUAAUGUCAAAAAAAGUUCUCUCGCCCUUGGACUCCAGCUCAUACUUUUCAGUAACUUUUGGUAGUCUCGUCGUUCUGAUCAAACGUCAAUUCGACGCUUUCAUGGUUUGAAACGUAAAAACUUCAAUAAUUCAAAAUUUUUUCAGGAGAGCGAAGGACAAGCCUAUGCAGAUGUGAAAGUCCCAAAAAGGACAAGAAUUGGGAUCCUACCAACAAUUCUGCGUUUCGAAAACUUUGUUCGGAAUGCUGAGACAAUUUUUGAAGGUGCCGAGAGGAGAACAGAUUUGGAAAAAUGGUUGGUUUUUUUUUCGAAUUGAAGUCUAAGUAGUUUUUCGUUUUAGGUAUAGUCAUUUAUACCGUUGUCUGUGCGACGGUAUUCAGCGUGCUUCGGCAAAUCCAAACAGCAAAUCGCCUCCUUCUGUCGUCAAGUUUGAGAACUACCAUCAGCUAUAUUGUCAGAAAAAUGGUUUUCCAACAUAUCCAAGAUUCCUGUUUCAGUGACCCUUUCCGAGUUGAAAAUAACUUGUCUUGAUCGGCAGCGCAAAGAUGCCAAAGCUUUGAAAGAAGAGCAUAUUGACGCUUAUGUCAAGGAAUACAUGGGUAGACCUUUGGAAAAGAUUCAGGUUAAUAAUAUCCUUUUGAUUUUUCUUGAUUAUGAAGUUUAUUUAGUCUUUCUUUGAUCAUGUCAAUGACGCGAUCGAACUACGCGGAGUGAAACCAGAAGAAGUUUCUUAUCAACCUCAGUUCAGUCGCCUGGAGCUCAAAAAGGUUGGAUUUCCAUGUGAUAACGUCAAAUGUCUCAAUUUUGAGGUGAUUUCGCAAUACCCUGGGAAAGAAGUUAAGAAAGGACUGGACCAGCUGUACAAGAAAAUUGAAAAAAGCCUGGUUGAGAAUUCUUCUCUUCUUCAAGUUGUCUGGCGCAACAUGCAGGUAUACAGAAAAAAAUGGUUCAAACUAGACAUCAGCAACUUUAUAGGAGCAGUUUCUGAAGCAACUUCACGAGUAUCACAAAUUGAUCCAGUCUUGCUAUCCGGGAUCAAAAAUCGACUUGGAUGUUUCGACGGACGACGUCCUGCGCUUUUUCUCCGAGAUUGCUCAGCAGCAUUAA